GGCGCGGAGGGGAGGCUCGGCCCACUUGGAGGAAAAUUCGACGACGCCCGCCGAGUUGCGACCAGAAGCUCGGAACACCUCCGAGAAGCGCACGAGCUCCCCUUCCUUCUUCUCCUCCCCCCUCCUUCAUCAUCAUUAUCAUCAUCUUCCUCCUCUUCUCGGUGGGUGAACAGUUGGAGACCGAACUUCAGGGCAAAGUUGUGUCAGCUCUUGUGGAAAAGUUGCCCUCUUCAAAUAUUUCAGUUGACGUCCGCGCGCAGCCGUCGUCCGAGCUGUGGUGAGCCACAGGAAGCCAUAAUGAAGAGUGGGCUGCCUCUGGUGGCCGCGGCGCUGCUGGCGCUGGUGCUCGCCUCUUCGGCCCAGGACCAAGUGGAGCCGCCGUCCGAUUUGACCUUUCACAUCGCCGACGAGCGGACGGUGCAGAUGUCGUGGAAAAGGCCGCGCUCGCACCUUGACGGCUACAGGAUACACGUGACUUCUGACACAGGAGAACUCGUACGAGAAUUUGCGCUGGCGCCCUCAGCCACGUCCACGACCAUCUCGGAGCUCAGUCAAGACGUGGAGUACGAAGUCAGUAUCUACGCCUACGCCGGAGCGCAAGAGAGUCUUCCCGCCUCGGGACAGAUCACCAUCGAGUCCGCGGGAGGAGGACCUUCGAGGAAACCCGACGCAGAUACCGCAAAAUGUCCUGUGAGCGCGGUGGCGGACGUGGCCGUCCUGCUGGCCGGGUCCUGGGCCUCAGACCCGGCCGCCUUCAAAAACGCACGCGGGCUGGCGGCAGCCGUGGCCGGCGCCUUCCAGAUCGGCCCGGACAAGACCCGAGUGGCCGUGCUCCAGUACGGCGGCGCCGGGCCCGCCGGUUUCUCGCUGGACCGACACAUGAGCCGACCUGCCCUCUUGCGAGCCAUCGGGGCGCUGGACAUCCGCGACGGCCACGCCAGGACAGGCGCCGCGCUGGACUACCUGCUGAGCAACACCUUGAGCGAAGGGGCGGGCUCCCGCACGGCCUUCCCCAAAGUGGCGCUGAUCCUCACCGACGACGGCAACUGGGACGACUCGGCCCAACGUUCGGCCAGCCGUCUGAAGAACGAGGGCGUGGAGGUCUUUGUCGUGGGCUUCCGGCGGUCCGACGAGGCGCAAACGAGGGCGCUGGCGUCCGCUCCCUACUGGAGUCACGUCUUCAACGCGGCCGCCUCGGUGGACAUCCGCGAUAUUCGCCAGGACCUCGUCAGUCAGGUGUGCGCCGGCGUGGAGGAGCAGCUCAGUUCCCUCGUCAGCGGGGAAGAAGCGGUGGAGCCCGCCUCCAAUCUUCAGGCGGAGGAGGUGUCGUCCAAGACCAUCAAGCUGCGCUGGAGCGCCUCUCGCGAUGACGUUUCGGGCUACAAGUUGCAGAUGAUCCCCGUGACGGCGGGAGCCAAGCGCCACGAGCUGUACGUGGGCCGUACGCAAACCUCGGUGGCGGCCCGGGACCUCAGCCCGGACACGGAGUACCAGAUCAACUUGUUUGCGCUCAAAGGCCUGACGCCGAGCCAGCCCGCCAUCCUGACGCAGAGGACGCAGCCCGUCAAAGUGUCUGUGGAGUGUUCCUUGGGCGUGGACGUGCAAGCCGACGUGGUUCUCCUGGUGGACGGGUCCUACAGUAUCGGCCUGGCCAACUUCGCCAAAGUGCGAGCCUUCCUGGAGGUUCUGGUCAACACCUUUGAUAUCGGGCCCAACAAGGUCCAGAUCAGCUUGGUCCAGUACAGCCGCGACCCGCACACCGAGUUUCUGCUCAACACUCACUCGGACCUGAGCGGCGUUCUGAAGGCGGUGCGCUCCUUCCCGUACCGCGGCGGCUCCACCAACACGGGCAAAGCCAUGACCUACGUGAGGGAGAAGAUCUUCCAGCUGGCCAGGGGCGCCCGGCACAACGUCCCCCGCGUCACCAUCCUCAUCACGGACGGCAAGUCCUCGGACGCCUUCCAGCAGCCCGCCACCAACCUGAGGGACGCCGACGUGGAGAUCUUCGCCGUGGGCGUGAAGGACGCCGUGCGCUCGGAGCUGGAGGCCAUCGCCAACGACCCGGCCGAGACGCACGUGUACACCGUGGAGGACUUUGACGACUUCCAGAGGAUCUCCAAGGAGCUGACCCAGUCCAUCUGCCUGAGGAUCGAGCAGGAGCUUCGCAACAUCCAGCAAAAACGUCUGGUCCAGCCUAGAGACCUGUCCUUCUCCGAAGUGACUUCCAGAAGCUUCCGGACCUCGUGGCGGAUGGACGCCAACGACGCCGAGUCCUUCCUGCUCCAGUUUCGACCCGCCGACAUCCCCGACAGCCAUUUGGUGUCCAUGUCCGUCCCCGGGGACACCCUGACUGCCGUCCUGCCUUACCUCACCCCGGUCACCCGCUACCAAGUCAACGUUUCGGCCCAGUACGACCGAGGCGACAGUUUGCCCCUCGUCGGCUACGAGACUACCUUAGAGGAACAAAGCGCGGUUCGUAACGCCAGAGUGUCCCAGGAGACCACGGACAGCUUCCGCGUGUCCUGGCAGCCGGCGCGAGGAGCCGUGCAGCGCUACCGCGUGACCUUCCGACCCCUGGGCGAGGAAGGUCCCGAACAGGAAGCCUUCACGCUCGGCGACGAGCCCACCCUGCUGCUGAGGGGGCUUCGACCCGGGACCGCCUACCAGCUCGGCGUCAACGCCGAGUACGCGUCCGGACUCGGACCGGCGCUGCAGACGCGAGGAACCACCAAAGAAGAGGCGGCCCCUCCUCAAAACAUGCUGACCCGAGACGUCAGCGAGAGCAGUUUCCGGGCGCGCUGGACGGCCGCUCCCGGCAACGUCCGCACGUACCGCGUCAAGUGGCAGUCGGCGUACUCGAGCGAGUCCGGGGAGAAAACGGUCCCGGGAGAGCAAACGGAAACGCUGUUGGACGGCCUGAGCCCCGAGACGCUCUACCAGGUGUCGGUGGUCGCCGUUUACGACCACAAGGACAGCGAGCCGCUCGUCGGAUACGAAACCACCGACGCGUCGGCGGAGGCGCGGCGACUGCGCGCGAGCGACGAGACCGAGCGUAGCAUGAAAGUGACGUGGGCGCCGGCGCCCGGCAAAGUUCAGCACUACCGGCUGAAAUACAUUCCCGCCGCCGGCGGGCGAGAGGUGGUCCUCAAGGUCCCGGCGGGGGUCACCUCCACCGUUCUGAAGAGGCUGCAACCGCUCACCGCCUACCAAAUCACCGUCCAUCCCGUCUACAAACGCGGGGAAGGAAAAGCAAGGCAAGGCGUAGGAAGCACACUGUCGCCUUACAAAGCUCCGAGGAACCUCCAGACCUCAGAGCCCACCAAGACCAGCUUCAGGGUGUCGUGGGAUCCGGCGCCCGGGGAGGUCCGGGGCUACAAGGUCACCUUCCACCCCGCGGGGCAGGAUAUCGACCUGAACGAGAUGCUGGUGGGCCCUUUUGACAACACGGUGGUCCUGGAGGAGCUCAGGGCCGGAACCCAAUAUUCCGUGGCCGUCUUUGGCAUGUUUGACGGAGGGGAGAGUUUGCCUCUGGCGGGCGAGGAGAAGACCACGCUCUCCGACGCUCCCGAGCCGCCUCCGUUGGGUCCCUCAGACGCGCAGUGCAAGACCUCCACCAAGGCCGACAUCGUGCUCCUGGUGGACGGCUCCUGGAGCAUCGGGCGGAUCAACUUCAAAACCAUCCGCAACUUCAUCGGCCGCAUGGUCGGCGUCUUUGACAUUGGCCCGGAUAAAAUCCAGAUCGGUUUGGCCCAGUACAGCGGCGACCCCAAGACGGAGUGGCACCUGAACGCUCACGCCACCAGGGCUUCGCUGCUGGACGCCAUCAACAACCUCCCCUACAAAGGAGGCAACACCAUGACAGGGAUGGCGCUGAGCUACAUCCUGCAGAACAAUUUCAAAGCCAACGUCGGAAUGCGAGAAGAUUCGCGCAAGAUCGGCAUCCUCAUCACCGACGGAAAGUCUCAGGACGAAAUCGUCACCAACUCGCAGAACCUACGAGACAGCGGCAUCGAACUCUACGCCAUCGGCGUAAAGAACGCGGACGAGAACGAGUUGCGCUCCAUCGCCUCCGACCCGGACGAAAUUCACAUGUACAACGUCAACGACUUCAAGUUCCUGCUGGACAUCGUGGACGACCUCACCGUCAACCUGUGCAACAGCGUCAAAGGUUCAGAUGAAACGCCGGAGGCGCCCUCCGACCUGACCACCUCCGAGGUCACCCACCGCUCCUUCCGCGCCUCCUGGAGCGCGCCGCAAACGCCCGUCGAGAAGUUCCGGCUCGUCUACUCGCUGGACAACGGAGCAGAAUCGCGCGAGGUGUUGCUGGACGGCUCGACGACGUCGACGGUGUUGGACGGUCUGAGCCCGCUGACGCCGUACGUGCUGAGCGUCUACUCGCUGGUCGGGGAGCGCAGCAGCGAGCCGCUGGUGGGCCGAGAGACCACCCUGCCGCUGCCGGCCGUCACGUCCAUCAAAGUCUACGACGAGACCAUGAGCGCCAUGAGGGUGCGCUGGCAGCCGGUGGGCGGAGCCAGCGGCUACACCGUGCUCUAUCGAUCCAUCAACGGCACCGGGCCUCAGCUGGAGAAGGAGGUUCUGGUUCGAGCCGACGUGAGCGACAUCCAGUUGGCACAGCUGCUCCCCAACACGGCGUACUCCAUCUCCGUCUUGGCUCAACACGGAGAAGAGCUCAGCCAGCCGCUGAAGACCAGCGGAGUCACGCUGCCCUUGCCGCCGUCCGGCGCCCUGAGGAUCACCGGCGUGACUCACAGCAGCAUGAAGCUCAAUUGGGACGCGGCGCCCGGCCUGGUGCGCAAGUACAUUGUCACCUACAAGUCCGAGGGCGGCGAUAUCAAAGAGCUGGAAGUCCUCGGCGACGUCACCUCCCUCAACGUGCCGGGGCUCAGCUCCCAGACGGAGUACGACGUGGCCGUGACCCCCGUGUACGACGAGGGUCCAGGGAACCCCAUGCUCGGAAUGGCAGUCACGGACGUGGUCCCCCCCCCCAAGAACCUCAGGUUCUCCAAUGUGGAUCUGACCUCCUUCAGGGCCACGUGGGAGCACGGAGCGCCCGAUGUGGCGCUCUACCGCAUCAGCUGGGCUAAGAAAGGACACAGCGACUCCGAUUCUUCCAUCUUGGGCAACGAUGAGACGUCACAUCUUCUGGAGAACUUGGACCCGGACACCGAGUAUACGGUCACCGUGACGGCCAUCUACCCGGACGAGUCCGAAAGCGAAGACCUGAUAGGAAACCAGCGCACGUUGUUGAAGGCUGCGGACGUGCGCCCGGAGCCUCCUCGCAACAUGCGCGUCUACAACGCCACCGUCAGCACCCUGGCCGUCAAGUGGGACCCGGCCCCCGGACCCGUGCAGAACUACAAGAUCGUCUAUGCGCCGCUGGCCGGAGGCGAGCCCAUCGUGACGCAGGUGGGAGGCAAGAAGACCAGCACGGUCCUGCAGAAGCUGACGCCUGACACGCCGUACCGGGUCACCAUGACCGCCAACUACGCCACCGGCCCCAGCAGAGAUGUUUCGGCCGACGGAAGAACCAAGCCUCUGGGCGGCGUGAGGAACCUUCAGGUGCUCAACCCCACCAUGACCACGCUCAACGUACGCUGGGAGCCGGCCGAGGGUCGCGUCAAGGAGUACAAGGUCAUCUACGCUCCAGCCGCCGGAGGCGCCGAGAGCAUGGUAGGACUGGAGCAAGUGUCGGCCGGCACCAUCAGCACCACCCUGAGGGGCCUGCAACCCGACACCCUCUACACCGUCUCCCUGUUGCCCAUCUACGCCGAGGGCGACGGCAAGAUCAUGUCGGAAAACGGAAAGACACGACCCCUGGGCGGCGUCAAGAACCUGCGGGUGACCGACCCCACCAUGACCUCGCUCAACGUCAAGUGGGACCCGGCCGACGGCGCCGUCCGCUUGUACAAAGUCUUCUUUGUGCCGGUCGCCGGCGGGCGCGAGGAGAUGGAGCAAGUCCCCGUCGCCUCCACCGACAUCGUCCUCAGGAACCUCCUGCCCGACACCGCCUACUCCGUUUCGGUGUUGCCCGUGUACCCGGCCAGGGAGGGAAAACGCCAGACUGAGAACGGAAAGACUUUGCCUCUGAGCGGCGUGGGCAACAUGCAGGUGACCAAGCCGACCAUCACCACGCUGACCGUCACCUGGAAUCCCGCCGACGGGAACGUUCAAGGCUACAAGGUCAUCUACAAGCCGGAAGGUGGCGGCCUGGAGAUUGUGGAGCAAGUAUCGGAGAGCACCACCAGCACCGUCCUGGAGAAGCUCCUCCCCGACACCCGCUACACCGUCACCGUGGUGCCCGUCUACGCCGAGGGCGACGGGCCCAGUCUGACCAACACCGGCAAGACCAGGCCGCUGGGAAAAGUGAGGAACCUUCAGGUGUUCGAUCCGACCACCAGCAGCCUCAACGUGCGCUGGGAGCCGGCCGAGGGCAACGUGCGCGAGUACAUUGUCAUCUGGGUGCCGGUGGCGGGAGGAGAACAGGAUGUUGACCAGGUGCCAGGAUCCACCACCUCCACGGUGCUGAAGAACCUCGAGUCCGACACCGAGUACACCGUCACCGUGGUUCCCGUCUAUCACGAGAUGGAAGGAUUGCCGGAGAGCGAAAAUGGGAAAACCUAUCCGGUGGGCGGCGUGAAGAACUUACAAGUGGUGGAUCCCACCGUCAGCACGUUGACGGUUCGCUGGGAUCCGGCGGUGGGCAACGUGCGCAAUUACAGGGUCACGUACUCGGCGCAACCCGACGGAGAACCGCGCACGGAGGAGGUGUCAGGCGGCACCACCAGCCUGGUCCUGAGGAACCUGGACACGGACACAAUGUACAACGUGUCCGUGGUGCCCAUCUACCCCGACGUGGAGGGCAUCCCGCAGGCCGACGUCGGCAAAACCAAGCCUCUGGGCGGCGUGAAGAACCUGCGUGUGAGCGACCCCACCACCAACUCGCUGCGAGUGCGUUGGGACGCGGCCGAGGGCGACGUUCGCCAAUACAGGAUCAGCUAUCAGCCUGUCGACGGGGGAGAGACGCUCAUGACUCAGGAAUCGGGCAUGGCGACCAACACCAUGUUGAGGGAGUUGCAGCCCGACACGGACUACACCGUGACGGUGGUGCCCAUCUACGCCGACAUGGAGGGAAAGAGCAUGUCGGACAACGGCAAGACCAAGGCGCUGGGUGGAGUCAAGAAACUGCAAGUGAUCGAACCCACCACCAGCACACUCAAGGUCACCUGGGAGCCCGCCGAGGGAAACGUGCGCCAGUACCGACUCUUCUACGUGCCGGCCGCCGGCGGCGCUGAGGACAUGGAGCAAGUAUCGGGAGGAACCACCAACACCGUCCUGAGGAACCUCCUCUCCGACACCCCCUACACCGUCACCGUGGUGCCCGUCUACCCGGAAGGCGAGGGUCUGCGCCAGUCUGAGCGGGGAAAAACACUUCCUCGCACUCCCCCGCGCAACGUGCAAGUGUUCAACCCCACGCCCAACAGCCUCAACGUGCGCUGGGAGCCAGCCACGGGUCAGGUCCAGCAGUACCGCGUGGAGUACGCCCCCUGGAACUCCGCCUCGCCGCCGCACUCGGUGCUGGUUCCGGGCAGCGUCAGCAACGCCUUCUUGGACGGGCUGAUCCAGGACACGCCCUACCGGAUCAACGUGAUCGCCAUGUACCCGGACGGAGAGGGCCCGUCGCUGAAGAGCGACGGCAAAACACUGCCGCGCGCCGGACCUCGGAACAUGCGAGUGUUUGACGCCACCACCAACUCGCUCACCGUUGGGUGGGACCACGCCGAGGGUCCCGUGAGACAGUACCGUAUCGCCUACCACCCCAUGCGGGGAGACCCCAUCACCCAAUACGCCGUGGUGUCGGGCAACAGAAACAACGCCCGGCUGCAGAACCUGACACCCGACACGCCCUACAACAUCACGGUGGAGGCCGUCUACGCCGAGGGCCCCGGAGGACACCUCAACGGCAAAGGGCGCACAAUCGGCCUGCUGAGCCCGAGGAACCUGCGCGUGUCCGACGAGUGGUACACGCGCUUCCGAGUGGCUUGGGACCCCGUGGCGGCGCCGGUGGAAGGAUACAGAGUCAUCUACACGCCCAGAGGCUCCGAUCAGUACGUGGACUUCUUUGUGGGCGACGUGACGUCCUACACGCUGCACAACCUCAAGCCCGGAACCACCUACGACGUCCAAGUCCUGGCGCAGUACACCGGCGGCGCCAGCGCGCCUCUGGCCGGCCCGGGAACCACACUGCCCCUGAACGUGACCAACAUCGAGACGUACGACGUGGAUCACGACAGGUUCUGCGUCAAGUGGACGGCCCACCGAGCGGCCACGUCCUACCGCAUCCGCCUCAACCCGCUGGACCCGUCGAGCAGGGGUCAACAGGAGAUCACCGUCCCCGCCGGCCUGCCGCAGUACUGCUUCGACGGACUUUCGCCCGACGCCCGCUACAGCGCCGUCGUCUUCGUCCAGACGCCCAACCUGGAGGGACCCGGCGUCAGCACCCAGGAGCGAACCCUGGUUAAGCCGACUCCCGCGCCGACGCUCCCGCCUACCCCCAGCCCGCCCCCCACUAUCCCCCCCUCCUGGGCAGUUUGCAAAGGCGCCAAAGCGGACGUGCUGUUCCUCAUCGACGGCUCGUGGAGUAUCGGCGAGGAGAGCUUCGUCAAAGUCGUGCAUUUCGUCUCCAGCAUGAUCGCAACCUUCGACGUGGUCGGACCGACCGGGAUGCAGGUGUCGUUCGUGCAGUACAGCGACACGGCGAAGACCGAAUUCAAGUUCAACUCCUACCAAGACAAAGGCAUUGCCAUGGCGGCGCCUCAUCACAUCCGCUACAAAGGCGGUAACACCAAAACAGGCGUGGCCCUCAAGCACACGUACGAGAAGGCCUUCACGGUGGAGAACGGCAUGAGGAGGAACGUGCCCAAGGUAGUGGUGGUCAUCACGGACGGACGCUCGCAGGAUGAAGUCAGGAAGCACGCCGCCCUCUUGCAACACGCAGGCUACACGGUGUUCGCCGUGGGCGUGGCCGACGUGGACUUUGCGGAGCUGCAGGAGAUCGGCAGCAAGCCCAGCGAGAGGCACGUCUUCGUGGUGGACGACUUUGACCACUUUGACACCAUCAAGGAGAACCUCGUCAGCUUCAUCUGCGAAACGGCCACAUCCAGCUGCCCGCUCAUCUUUGUCAACGGCUUCACGUCGCCCGGCUUCAGGAUGCUGGAAGCCUUCAACCUGACGGAGAAGACGUACUCUCAGGUGAGGGGCGUGUCCAUGGAACCUGGCUCCUUCAACAGCUUCACCGCCUACCGCCUGCACCCCAACGCCUUCCUCACCAUGCCCAGCACCGAGGUGCAUCCCGAAGGUCUCCCUGCCGUCUACACCAUCAUCCUCAUGCUCCGCCUCCUGCCCGACACGCCCAACGAGGCCUUCGACGUGUGGCAGGUGUCCACCGCCGACCACAAGCCCGAGACGGGAGUCACUAUUGACCCCUCCAAGCAGAGCGUUUCCUUCUACAACAAGGACGAGCGCGGCGAGAUCCAGCGGGUCACUUUCGACGAGGCUCCGGUCAAGCAGCUCUUCCACGGAAGCUUCCACAAGCUGCACAUCCUGGUCUCGCCUACCGGCGUCCAGCUCAACGUGGACUGCCAACACGUGGCCCAGAAGAGCAUCAAAGCGGCUGGAAACACUUCCAGAGACGGAUACCAAGUCCUGGGGAAAAUGGCCAAGUCCGUCGGCUCCCGAGGAGACUCGGCAACUUUCCAGCUCCAGAUGUUCGAUAUUGUCUGCACGCUGGCCUGGACGAGUCGUGACCGCUGCUGCGACUUGCCCGCCCUGAGAGAUGAAAACAAAUGUCCUUCGCUGCCCAACGCCUGCACGUGCACCACCUCGGCCACCGGACCGCAGGGACCGCAAGGACCGGUGGGUGCCCCCGGCAAAAAAGGACCACGAGGUGAAAGAGGAGAGAUGGGCGCGCCUGGCCCAGUGGGUCCUCGGGGCGACUUGGGAGCACCCGGGCGAAUGGGCCUGCCUGGUCCGCAGGGGCCCAGCGGACGCUCCAUCCCGGGAGAAGCUGGUCGGCCCGGACCAAAGGGAGAUCUUGGAGAUUCUGGCAUGCCCGGACUCAAAGGCUCACCGGGACCCCGCGGCCCCGUCGGCCCCAUCGGUCCUGCUGGAGUCAGGGGCCCUCAAGGAAAGGACGGCAUGUCGGGACCCCGAGGACCCACCGGGCCCAUGGGAGCCCCAGGCUCCCCUGGAGUGCCCGGUCUGGAAGGAAAACCCGGCAACACGGGUCCUAAUGGAACUCCCGGUCCCUCGGGGGCAAAAGGAGACAAGGGAGAGCGCGGAGACUUUGCUCCUCAGAACAUGAUGCGCUCCAUCGCCAGGCAGGUCUGUGAGCAGCUUGUCAACGCCCAGAUGAACCGCGUCAAUAGCCUCUUGAACCAGAUCCCCAGCGGUAUCCACCGCAGCAACCCCGGCCCACCGGGGCCCACCGGACCCCCCGGCUUGCAGGGACCGCGCGGAGAGGUGGGCCCCUCCGGAAGGAGCGGUUUCCCUGGAAACCCCGGACUGCCGGGACAGCCCGGGGAGGCGGGGCCGGCUGGAGAGAAGGGCGAACCGGGCUUGCCGGGAAUCGGACAGAAAGGCCCUCGAGGACCCCCAGGCCCACCGGGAGAAAGCAGGACGGGCCCCCCCGGGCCGACGGGCUCCACGGGAUCUCGCGGCCCUCCCGGCCGUCCCGGUUACGCCGGCGCCCGCGGCUCCCCAGGGGCGGCCGGCUACUGCGACUCCACCCAGUGCGCGGGCAUUCCUUACAACGGUCAAGGAUACGCGGGUUCCGCGUAGUUUUUCUUUGCCGCCUGCGCCGCUUUCAUGACUUCCCGAAACGCUCUCGAGACGUUUGAGGGAAGCGCUAACAAACUUUGCUGCACCAACAAACAACAAACAACAGCAACAAGCAGGAACUAACCAACAGCAAACACGGGCGGCCCCUUUGCAUCUUGCCGGCAAAAGACCACCAGGAGCAUGCCGACCACGAUGACGACCGCCACGACGCCGAUUACAGCCGGAACGAACGAGAACGUACUAACCGACAUGGAAAUGAACUGUUGAUGCUUUGUUGCCUAGCAACCCUCAACCUAGUGCUUGCCAAUGCAAACAACAAAAGCGCUCAUACAGUGAACCCGCCACCUAUUUCCUCAUGCAAGUCGCCACAGUCUUAUAGUUAUUAAUAGUUUCAAGUUAAUAGGCAUGUCAUCGUGGAACGUAGCGGUCACUUCGAUUGACCUGAAAUCAAUUGGCAAAGGGGGGGGGGGGGGGGGGGGUUCACUGUAUUAGACAACAUCCUGAUGAUGAUGCAUGUCUGAUGUGACGCAAGAACUUUCAAAGGUCCUCAGGGUCCCUCGGGAGGUUCGUGUACACACGUAGUAGCAUAGUGCUGACUGAUGGAAUGAAUGUUGACUAACACGCUUGAUUGACAUGCAAACGAGCUGCAGUCGCCCCGCCCUCUCCUCCAAAGCCCGCCUACUAACAACCAACUCAAAUGGGAAAGUGUGGACCUUGUUGCCAUGACAACAAGGAAUGCUGUGUGAGCAGGCCGCUCUCCAUCGGUGCCCGACGGCCGGCCGGUGGCCCCCCAUCCCGACGAGGACCAAUCGGCCGAGAGGCGACGUCGGAAGCGUUCGCUAGCCGCCGACGUUCCAUCUUAGACGUUCUCCAUCUUCAUCGUCGUUUGUUGUGACCAACACCUCCGCAACCUUUGCCUGCGUGUGUAUGUGUGUGUGCAUAUGGAUCAUGUGUGUGUGCGCGUCCAAUUUUGUAACAUAUUUGCUUUGUGUUUUGUAUCCGCCAUCACGCGCGCAAUGCGGCAGCAAAAGCUCUUGCUACUUACGCUAGCUAUAGACUAUUUAUCAGCACUCCUUAUUAGCCACUUUCUACCUGUAAAGCUCAUGUAGCCACGCCCCUCAUUUGCAUGUCUGAUGUUCAUUUUGUUUCAGAUUGUCAAUCAAAAAGACAACUUUUUAUUUAUUUCUCACACAAGGAAAAAAAAAAGCUUUUUUCAAUAAAACCACUGAAAACACA